AUGAAGGCAGGGAGUAUUUGUGACCUGAUGCUGUUCUUCUUGACUGCUCUUUUGUGCUUGAAUGCUUUUCAAUCUAUUUACAAGGUAACAUUGAACAACCCAGAUACCAACUGUUCUCUUCAAUGUGAUUGUCCUUUGUCCUCAAAUCAAACCACAGACCUGCAGUCAUCAACCUCUUCUGCUUAUGAAGUCAGCAGCUCUGCCAUAAACUUUGUACCACCAGGUAGCUCUUCAUUUAGUCUGGACCAUUAUACUGCUUCAGGUAGAAGAACAACUCUUACACGCCUUGGAACUGAUCUAGCUACUCUCUCACUUAAGGAUUCAUGUCCACCUGAAUCACUAAUGUUAAAAGAUUGGACCAACAUAAGACCAGUCCAUUCAUCGUGCCCAGCAGUAUUCAUUAUUGGUGCUCGAAAGGGAGGUACAACAUCACUCUAUCAAUAUUUGUCACAUCAUCCUGACUUUGAGGGGAUUCAUCUUGAAGAUGGGCCAUCAGCUGGCGAGACAUUUCAUUUCUCUGCAAGAUACUCGACUGAGAACUGGAAAACAUAUGCAUCUCGCUUUCCAAAAGCUUCCGUCAUGACUGGUGAUGCAAGUGUAGGCAAUUUCAUCAAUUGCAAUGUGCCUAGUAGAUUAUUUGAGUCUUGUGGCAACUUCUCUAAAGUAUUGAUAUUGCUUAGAAAUCCUAUCAAUCGAUAUGUAUCUAAUUUUCUAAUGAGGGCUAGGUUUAAGAAAAAGCAUUACUCAAAUAACACUGGUCUAUCCACUGUCAUUAAUUUGGAGAUUGAUUCAUUCUACAACACACUUUUGAAGAAGGGAGUGUCACUAUCACUGAGCCCAGAUAAGUGGGAGCAGUUCCAGUGCCUUUAUAAACCAGCAGAAAACAUGCUGUUUGAGGGUCUCUAUUAUAUUCAUUUGAUGAAUUGGCUCUGUAACUAUCCUGGUAGUAAUAUGCUUAUAAUCAACAGUGAAGAAUUUUACAAAAACACUACUUUCAUUUUGCAGCAAGUUUAUCAGUUUCUUGGUUUGUCUCCACUCAGUGAGAGCAGUAGAGAAUUGGUUACAUCAUUUAUAUUUAAUAAAGGAGGGAACAGGCUUCUUCCACAUCAAAUGCUCCUCCCAAAUGAUAGGAAAAAAUUAAGCCACAUUUUUAGACCAUUUAAUAAUGAAUUGUUCAAACUGUUAGAAUGGAAUGAUGUAUCAUGGUGA